CUGGGCCGGAGGCUGUGAGCUGCCGCGCGGCCCCGGGAGGCGGCGGGCCCUGGCCACCGCGGAGGCCCCGGAGCCGGCCGGAGCCGGCGCUGAGGAGGGGCCAUGAGCUGGUUCAACGCCUCGCAGUUGUCCAGCUUCGCCAAGCAGGCCCUGUCUCAGGCCCAGAAGUCCAUCGACAGGGUCCUGGACAUCCAGGAGGAGGAGCCGAGCGCCUGGGCCGAGGCCAUCCCGUACGGCGAGCCGGGAAUAAGUCCCCCUGUGAGUGGAGGAUGGGAUACUUCAACCUGGGGAUUGAACUCAAGCACUGAACCUCAGAGUCCACCAACAGCCUCUCCUAAAGCAAUUACAAAGCCAGUUCGAAGGACUGUAGUAGAUGAAUCUGAAAAUUUCUUCAGUGCCUUUCUCUCCCCAUCAGAUGUCCAGACCAUUCAGAAGAGUCCGGUGGUGUCAAAACCUCCGGCUAAAUCACAGCGUCCAGAAGAAGAAGUGAAGAGCAAUUUACAUGAAUCAUCGUCUCCUGGCCAGUCCAGAACUUCUGAAACAGCUGAGUCAGAAGUGAGAGACUCUGUGUGUGUCUCAGGAGACACUCCUGCUGUGAGCACUCCAUCCCCUGUACCUGAAGGCAAGCAUGCAGAAACUGCUAGUCAGGAGUCUGAGGCGAAGGUGCCCACUGUGCGAUUGAAAGCGUCUGAAAAUGUAGUGAAUGUAAACACAACAACAGAAGAUGUAUCUACCACAUCCACCCAGUCUCUCACAGCAGACACUAAGGAUAUGGCUUUGGAACCUAAGGAACAAAAGCACGAAGACAGACAGAGCAAUACACCUUCUCCUCCUGUUAGCUCCUUCUCAUCGGGCACUUCGACCACCAGUGACAUUGAAGUUUUAGAUCAUGAGAGUGUAAUAAGUGAGAGCUCGGCUAGUUCAAGGCAAGAGACUUCAGAUGCGAAGUCAAGUCUUCACCUCAUGCAGACAUCCUUUCAGCUGCUCUCUGCAUCUGCUUGUCCUGAGUAUAGCCGCUUAGAUGAGUUCCAAAAGCUCAACGAGAGUUGCUGCUCGUCGGAUGCUUUUGAAAGAAUAGACUCGUUUAGUGUGCAGUCUCUAGAUAGCCGGAGUGUAAGCGAAAUCAACUCAGAUGACGAGCUGUCAGGCAAGGGCUAUGCUUUAGUGCCUAUCGUAGUGAAUCCUUCGACCCCAAAGUCCGCAGUAGUAGAACCCGCUGAAGAAAAGGCUGAAGAAGAGGAGGGAAACGAAACGUUGAUUGCACCUUCUGAAGAAGCAGAAUUAGAGGAAAGUGGCCGAAGUGCUACUCCUGUUAACUGUGAACAGCCAGAUACGUUGGCUUCCCCUACGCCAGUAAACGAAGGGCAUCUUGUCUCUGGCCCGGCCGCUGAGCAAUGUGAAGCUGCUGACAGUCAGCCGGAAGCACUGCCUGAGAAAGAAGACAUUUGCAAGACAGUUGAAUUUCUGAAUGAGAAACUAGAGAAGAGGGAAGCUCAGUUAUUAUCUCUUAGUAAGGAAAAAGCACUUCUAGAAGAAGCUUAUGAUAACUUGAAGGAUGAAAUGUUUAGAGUAAAAGAAGAAAGUAAUAGCAUUUCUUCCCUGAAAGAUGAAUUUACCCAAAGAAUUGCAGAAGCAGAAAAGAAAGUUCAACUAGCCUGCAAAGAGAGAGAUGCUGCUAAGAAGGAAGUGAAAACCAUAAAAGAAGAACUUGCCACUAGAUUAAACAGUAGUCAGACUGCAGACCUCUUGAAGGAGAAAGAUGAACAGAUUCAAGGGUUAAUGGAAGAAGGAGAAAAACUUUCAAAACAGCAGCUACAUAAUUCUAACAUCAUUAAGAAAUUAAGAACUAAAGACAAAGACAGUGAAAAUGUUAUUGCAAAGCUGAACAGGAAAACUAAGGAGCUGGAAGAGGAGUUACAACAUUUAAGACAGGUCCUUGAUGGCAAAGAAGAAGUUGAGAAACAACAUAGAGAAAAUAUUAAAAAAUUAAAUUCUGUGGUAGAACGCCAAGAGAAAGAUCUUGGCCGACUUCAAGUAGACAUGGAUGAACUUGAAGAAAAGAGCCGAAGUACUCAGGCUGCCCUAGAUAGUGCAUACAGAGAACUUACUGAUCUUCACAAAGCCAAUGCUGCUAAGGACAGUGAGGUGCAGGAAGCUGCUUUGAAGCGUGAGAUGAAGGCUAAGGAAGAACUUUCUGCAGCACUGGAGAAGGCCCAGGAAGAAGCCCGUCAGCAGCAAGAGGCCUUAGCGCUUCAGGUGGGGGACCUUAGGCUCACAUUGCAACGGGCAGAGCAGGCAGCUGCCAGGAGAGAGGAUUAUUUACGCCACGAGAUCAGUGAACUUCAGCAGAGACUCCAAGAAGCAGAGAAUCGAAAUCAAGAACUGAGUCAAAGUGUUUCAUCAACAACAAGACCAUUGCUUCGACAGAUAGAAAAUUUGCAAGCAACUCUAGGGUCUCAGACUUCCUCGUGGGAAACGCUAGAGAAGAAUCUUUCUGAUAGGCUUGGUGAAUCGCAGACUUUGCUGGCUGCAGCAGUUGAAAGAGAACGAGCAGCUACAGAAGAACUCCUUGCCAACAAAAUCCAGAUGUCUUCGGUGGAGUCACAGAAUGCUCUCUUACGGCAGGAAAACAGUAGACUUCAGGCCCAGCUAGAGUCAGAGAAGAAUAAACUACGAAAACUGGAAGACGAAAAUAGUCGGUACCAGGUUGAGUUAGAAAACUUAAAAGAUGAAUAUGUAAGAACACUUGAAGAGACAAGGAAAGAAAAGACACUGUUGUGCAGUCAGUUAGAAAUGGAAAAAAUGAAAGUUGAACAAGAAAGGAAGAAAGCCAUUUUCACUCAAGAAGCAGCGAAAGAAAAGGACCACAAACUGUUUUCUGUUUCUAGUACUCCCACCAUGUCACGCUCGAGCUCUAUAAGUGGAGUAGAUAUGGCAGGGCUCCAGACAUCUUUCCUGUCUCAGGAUGAGUCUCAUGACCAUUCAUUUGGACCAAUGUCUGCAUCAGCCAGUGGAAGCAAUCUUUAUGAAGCUGUAAGGCUGGGAGCAGGAUCGAGCAUUAUUGAAAAUCUGCAGUCUCAACUAAAGCUGAGGGAAGGGGAAAUUAGUCAUUUACAGCUAGAAAUUAGCAAUCUAGAAAAAACUCGAUCCAUAAUGUCUGAAGAGCUAGUUAAAUUAACAAAUCAAAAUGAUGAACUGGAGGAGAAAGUGAAAGAGAUCCCCAGGCUUCGAGUUCAGCUACGAGAUUUGGAUCAAAGAUAUAACACUAUUCUGCAGAUGUAUGGAGAAAAGGCAGAAGAAGCAGAGGAACUUCGCCUGGAUCUUGAAGAUGUAAAAAAUAUGUAUAAAACUCAAAUAGAUGAACUUCUAAGACAAAGGCUCAGUUAACUUGUGAAAUUCGUAUUCCCAUCAAACUGAAUGUAAACACUUAAUAUAUAAAUGCAGACUUCCAAUAAAUUCUUUUAUAGAGUUAGAAAA